UCGAAACAAGUAUCGCAAGCGAACAAGAAAAUUUUACUUUAGAUCUUUUGGUUUUUUUUAUAUAUAUUUAUUCUAUUUUUAAAUUUAUUAUUUUUUUAAGUGCGUUUUUAAUAAAACUAAUAAUUUAUUUGCUAAACGAUGAACACUGAUAAUUAAUAUAAAUAAGCUGUUAAUGAAUUAAGUAAAGUUAAACAGAUAAAAAUCGCGAGUGUGUGUAUUUCUAGUCAAGAAAAAAUUAGUGGAUAAAUUUAAAUAAUAUAUUGCUUACAAAUACAACGUAAUGAAACGAAAAAAUUAAAAUUAAUUGGAAACGAACUGAUACAAAUAAUAAAAUAUAUAUAAAUAAAAAAAGAGAGAAAUUAUCAUCAAAUUUUGUCGGAAAAGUGUGUGGUGUUUUUUUUCUCCUGUGUUCAACCGACUUUCGAAGCAAUACGAAAAAAAAUGAGGGCACAAUAAACAAAAAAAUUACUCGUGUCACAAAAUCUUGAAAGAACAAUCAAUUGCCGACGACGAAGAUGAAUCAUGGAAUGGCGGGAAUUUCGCGCGAAAGGAGCUUUGUAAGGACUUCCGGGCAGAAUAUUCAGAAUGCGAAUAAACGACGAAGUCUCGCAUUUCAUCAACAGCAACACAACCAGCAGAUUCGUGAGAAGCCAGCACUUGAAAUAUAUCGACCUCCAAAUGUUCGGAUUGAUAAUAAUUCAAAUGGCGGGAUGAUGGGAAUGCCGCAGAACAAGUUGAAUGUGCAUGCUGAGGAAUUUCAGAUGAAGAGACCUCUUCAUCAACAAAUGGGACAUCACUUACAACAAUCCAAGUCCUCGUCAAAUAUGCAUCCAUACAAUCUUCAUUUGCCUCUGGCUCGCAUGCAGGCUGCUACUCGUCCCAUGAUCUACAACCAAAUGCCGCAUCACAACAUUUUCCAGCAACAAUCGCAUCCGCAUCAGCAACAAACGCACGUUCCCUUGAUGGCAUCGCCUUCUUCGAGCAACGUCAUGCAACCCCGUGUGAAAUUCGCUCCUGAUCCCGUCAUUCAUCAAGUUGCCCAAAACAAAGUUCAACCAAUGAAUCCUUUCCAUCAGCAACAACAACAACAACAAUCUGCCAUGAAGAUCCCGAAUCCGCUGCAACGCUCGAAAUCCCUCACAUCUGCCGAUAAUCUCAUAAAUCGCAGUUUCGCUGGUUUGAGUUUGUCUGCGGAUGUCACGGAUAUCGGGCAAUUUGCGCCCGAAGUGCAAGCUGUCAUCGACAAGGCGGUUAUUGAUCCGAAUCAGUUGUCGGCUCGCGCUUUGAUGGAACUCGCCACGAAAAUUAUGGAGCGGGCGAUUGAGGGACGACGUUAUGCGUUGCCCGUGGCGCGAUUGUGCAUCCAAAUUAUCGCGAAGGAACAGAAGGAAACGUUCUUGGAAGCGAUGCUGAACACGUGUCGUCAGUGGUAUAAUGAACGUGAAAAGGUGUUGGGUGUACCGCCGCAGUCAAAAAUACCGGCAAGACCGCGAUUCACGUCGUUUAUGUCAUUUCUCACGGAAAUGUUUUGUCAAUUGAAACGACGUCAAUUACAACUCAAGACGCACUGUGAUGGCGCACCUCCUCCAUUGGUUCUCUUAACACUACUUGAAAAAUGUUGCGAGGACUGUGUCAAGCCUCCCGUACGUUCAUUGGCUGAGAUCGAAUGUUUGUUCUUUGUUCUCACCUGCAUUGGUCGCGACUUGGAACAACACUUGCCUCAGCAGUUGGAGAUGUUAUUGACAGCCGUUCGUGAUGCUUUCUUGAAUUCAAGUGCUAGCGUUCCUGCGAUACGACGCACCUUGCUUCAAUUAAUCGAGUUACAAGCAUCCAGAUGGCAACUUCCCGGAAACACGGUACUCUACUACUAUCCAACUCAACGACAAACAAUGACGAAUAAUUGAGUCACUUAGCGAUUUGCAACAAAAAAACGAACAAAGCUCUUCACUCAAAGGAACAAAAAGUAAAAUUUUCACUAACAACCAAGCAACAAAACUCUAACAAUUUAUUAUUUUAUUUAAAAAAAAAAACUAUUUACUCAACAUGUUUUAUUAUAAUUUUGAUUCUUUAAAAAAAAAUGUUUAACGAUUUAAUGUACGUGUCAAAAAAUGACGAAAUCACGUCUCAACCAUCCUCAUAUCGCCCGAACUUUAAUCGGUUAGCGAAUUUUUGAUGGUUUCAGUGACGGUUUGGUAUGAGAAUGAAAACUUUUUCAGGCUAAAAAACUUUUUUGGGGACAAAAUUUCAUUAAAAAAUUAUUGAAAUAAAUCAAGAAAAGGGAAAAAAUUUUAAAUUAAGCCUCAAAAUGUUUUAAGUUGAGACCAAAAAAUAAAAAAAAAAUAUUUAAAAAAAUAUUUUAACGAUACUAGUCCACUCACCAAUAACAAAAAAGGUCAGGGAAACGAAAUUUUUAAUCAAGUGUUCGAACAAUUUCAAUAUUGUAUGCCUUAUAUUAUUUAUAUAUGAAAAAAAAAAUAUUUAUUAUUUAUCUGUGUCAUAUUUAAACAAAUAAAAAUUAUGCAACAAAAAAAUUAAAUAAAUAAAUAAAAAAAGCGGAAAUUGUAGCAAUGCAUCCUUAAAUUUUUUUUUUUUUAUUUAAAAAUUUUGAAUGAAGGCAACGUGAUUUUAUUUAUU